GUAUUAUUACAUCACUUCCGCUUCAAUAUAUAUACACGAACGAGUCAUCCAUAGUCGCUCCCAUCACUCUGAAAACUCCGAGUUCCAACUGAAACACAAAAAUAUGUCACUCUCCUUGCAAACUCCGCCCUUCUCGGCCCUCUCUUCCUCCUCCUCUCUCCAGGGGAGUUUGAGGUUCUCAGCUAGAUCAACUGCUUGUAAUCUGGUUACACUCAAGCUUCAGAGGUCGUUUCCUCAAAUUCGAGCUUCCUCUGGAUUUUCGUCCUCUCUCGACACUGGUGCGAGAACUGAAUUGGAUGCAGUGUCUAGAUUCAGCGAGAUUGUUCCGGACACCGUCAUUUUCGAUGAUUUCGAGAGGUUUCCUCCAACAGCGGCUACAGUUAGCUCCGCACUACUUUUGGGUAUAUGUAGCCUUCCAGACACCAUAUUCAGAAAUGCUAUUGAAAUGUCUUUGGCGGAUUCAGGGUGUUAUGGGCUAGAAAACUCUGAGUUGAGAUUGUUAUGUUUCUUUAAUAAGGCCUUGGUGAACGUUGGUGGUGACUUGGCAAAACUAGUCCCUGGUCGAGUUUCAACUGAAGUGGAUGCACGUCUUGCUUAUGACACACAUGGCAUUAUCAGGAAGGUGCAUGACUUGUUGCAUUUGUACAACGAAAUUAAUGUACCUCCCGAACGAUUACUGUUUAAAAUUCCCUCAACUUGGCAAGGAAUAGAGGCCUCAAGAUUGCUGGAAUCUGAAGGCAUACAGACUCAUUUGACUUUUGUAUACAGCUUUGCACAAGCCGCAGCAGCAGCCCAAGCUGGUGCUUCUGUUAUUCAGAUUUUUGUUGGCCGUAUAAGGGAUUGGGCACGCAACCAUUCCAAUGACCCCGAGAUUGAAUCUGCUAUCAAAAGGGGAGAGGAUCCAGGGUUGGCUUUGGUGUCAAAGGCUUAUAAUUACAUUCACAAGAAUGGAUAUAAAUCAAAGUUGAUGGCUGCAGCCGUUCGGAACAAGCAGGACUUAUUCAGUCUCCUGGGAGUUGACUACAUCAUUGCACCAUUGAAGAUAUUGCAAUCUCUCAAAGAGUCUGUUACUGCUCCUGAUGAAAAGUACUCUUUCGUUAGGAGACUCUCUCCAGAGUCUGCUGCCAGCUACAAUUUCAGUAAAGAAGAGCUUGUGAAGUGGGACCAAUUAAGCCUUGCAUCAGCCAUGGGACCGGCGGCUGUGGCACUUCUGGCUUCUGGACUAGACGGUUAUAUUGACCAAGCCAAGCGAGUGGAAGACUUAUUUGGGAAGAUUUGGCCUCCCCCAAAUGUUUGAGGUGCUCCCCAUCCCUUGCCAUGCAGAUCUAUCUAUUUUUUUCGAGAAAGUGAUGUGAAUUAGAGUGUUAUCUUUUGCAACACCUGUUUCCAAUCGUGGCUCUAUCAAUUUAGUCGUCGACAUUCCCCCGUUAAUUUCGACCUUGUUAUAACCAUCAUAUACUGCUACCAUAUUUGCCAGUCAAUGAAGAUCUGCUCGAGUGUUUUGUGCUCCA